GCAUUAGCGUUAGCUCAGUGCUGGGAGGAGAACACAUACACACACACAGACACUCUUUCUCUCUCUCUCUCUCUCCCACACACACACACACACAUACACACACACACACACACACACACACUCGGAGCCAUGAUUAAACUGUUCUCUUUAAAGCAGCAGAAGAAGGAUGAGGAGUCCGCGGGGGGAAACAGAACCGGGGCCGGGGGAAAGAAAGCCAGCGCGGCCCAGCUGCGGAUACAGAAAGACAUCAACGAGCUGAAUCUCCCGAAGACGUGCGAGAUUGUUUUUCCAGAUCAGGAUGAUCUACUGAACUUUAAACUCAUCAUUUCACCAGACGAGGGCUUCUACAAAGGAGGAAAGUUUGUCUUUAGCUUUAAAGUAGGACAGGGUUACCCUCAUGACCCUCCUAAAGUAAAGUGUGAAACCAUGGUGUAUCACCCCAACAUCGACCUGGAGGGCAAUGUGUGUUUAAACAUACUGAGAGAAGACUGGAAGCCUGUGCUGACGAUUAACUCCAUUAUAUACGGACUACAGUAUCUGUUCUUAGAGCCAAACCCUGAGGAUCCUCUGAACAAGGAGGCGGCAGAGGUGCUGCAGUCCAACAGGCGGCUGUUCGAGCAGAACGUCCAGCGCUCGCUACGCGGAGGCUAUGUUGGAGCUACCUAUUUUGAGCGGUGUCUCAAAUAAUAAUAAUGACGACGACGACAACAACGCUCAUCGUUUACACACGCUGAGACACUGACUGACACUCUGACCGCUGGGGGGGGGGGUUACCUUGGGAGGGGUGGGGCUAAGUGUGGGAAUUUUGAAUGAAGGUGUGAUCAGUCAGUAACUGUUACGCGGAGAAUUGUGUGGCAGUGAAACACUGCUGUGAUGUUUGGUUAUUGUUCUCUCUCACUCUCUCUCACACACACACACAGACACACAAUCCUGUACGGGGAGGGGGGACAACACCCCCUUUCCUCCCUGACCAAUGUUUCGAGCAGUAAUGCUCACUCACACAGUGCAGAAAUUCUCACACACACACACACACACACACACACACGUGUCCCUGACAGCUUGACGGAUGGACGGACGGAUGGACAGAUGGACUGACUGAGCACAGGAUGAGAGUGGCUCUGACAGAUUGGGAGGUCAUUUGUUUUUGUUAGAUUUUUCUCCAUGUGUAUCUGUUGUUGGGGGGAGAGGC